UCAAAUAAUGAGUAACUUCCAUUCUUAACUUCCGUAAUGCUGUUGUCAGAAAGAUGGCAUCCCUUGACAGAGUGAAGGUGUUGGUAUUAGGAGAUUCUGGUGUUGGUAAAUCUUCGUUAGUCCACUUGCUCUGUCAGAACCAGGUUCUGGGCAAUCCAUCCUGGACUGUUGGUUGUUCUGUCGACGUAAGGGUACACGAUUACAGAGAAGGCACAGCAGAGGAGAAGACGUACUACAUUGAAUUGUGGGAUGUUGGAGGAUCUGUGGGCAGCGCCAGCAGCGUGAAGAGCACGAGGGCAGUGUUCUACAACUCUGUCAACGGCAUCAUCCUGGUGCACGACCUGACCAAUAAGAAGUCCUCUCAGAACCUGUACCGCUGGUCCCUGGAGGCCCUGAACAAAGACUCCUCCCCCACCGGCGUCAUCGUCUCCAACGGGGACUAUGACCGGGAGCAGUUUGCGGAUAACCCGGUUCCCCUGCUGCUCAUCGGUACCAAGUUUGACCAAAUCCCCGAGAACAAGCGCAACGAGGUUCUGACCAGAACCGCCUUCCUGUCCGAGGACUUCAACGCCGAGGAGAUCAACCUGGACUGCACUAACCCACGCUACCUGGCAGCUGGCUCAUCCAACGCCGUCAAGUUGAGUCGCUUCUUCGAUAAGGUUAUAGAGAAGAGAUAUUUUACUAAGGACCCAAGCCAGCUUGCAGGUUUUACAGACCGAAAGCGUUUCAACUUCAAGAGUCUGCACUAUGACUGAGCCUGACUGCAAGACCACCCCCAGACACACACACACACACACACACACACACACACAGGUGGCUGUGGUUUCCUCUGCUGCUAGUUCACACAUUGCCAUCAGCCUUUCUGUCAUUUGCCCUGGUUUUGUCUCAGCUGCCCUCCUCAAUUCUUGUACAGACACCCAAACUAAAGAAAGCGUCUUAAGACUUCCACACUCCGUAUUAUGACGGGUGAAGUUCACACGACUGGAUUCAUGGAUAUUCAGUCUCCCCUUGAUGACUGUGUACCAUAAGCUGUAAUGCAUUGUUUGCUACAUUAGCAAAUGUGUUUCUAUGUAUGAUUCUGGUGAUGUUCCUGUUUCAUCUGAAACUCAGUAAAGAAACUUAC